AUGCACACUCGCCGAAUCUCCGACGCGCGAUUCUCCGCCGCAAGAGACGCCAAGUCUGCCGCCCGUUUUGGGCGCGUCACCUCCUUUAUCCAGAAUGUUAGGCUCGAGGGGAUCAAUUCCGCACGGCGCUCCUCCACCACCCCCUCUCCCGCCGGCCAAGUGCGUGCGGAGCUUGUCCGAGCCAUCCCCCCUUCCCUCCCCCCCAUGGGGUCCGACGCGUGCUUCCAGGGACGGCCGGGCAGCGAAGCAGAGGGGCUGGGCCUGCGCGUGCUCAGUCCUGCUGCGGUGACGGUGACUCUGGCGGACGAUGCUUCUCCUGGGGGGCCCAGCAGCGUUUCUGCUGCGGCUUCCCUUCUCAAGCCGUGCAGUGGCAGCUCCAAGGGGGAUGUGGUGGCGGGGAAAGAGAGGAUGGGGUUAGGCGAGAAGCAGAAGGAGGGUGGUGGUGCGAGGAGUGGUGAGGACGAGGGAGGCUGGGCCAAGUGGCCUGUGAACGGAGUGGAAGGAGUGGAGAACGGUGCUGGAGCAGUGGCAUACCUGGUGCGCAUGGCGCUGUGGGUGUACCACCCCGCCAACAACCUCACCAUGCCGUGCGCGGCUGACAUCGCCGCCCUCUGCCCCAACGCCACCUCCUCCACCACCACCACCACCACCACCAUCUCCUCUGCCGUGUCUCAUGUGGCGCAGGGGGUGGUGGUGGCAGCGGUGGGGCAGUGCCUGGUGGACCAGCCGCUGGCAUGCUCCCAUCCCAUCCCCCCGCCCCCUUUUUUGCGUUUCUCAUGCAUCCCCUCUGCUGUCGCCCUCUACGUGCAGCUGGGGGCGUUGGAGCAGCAGCAGCAGCAGCAGGGGGAGGCGGGCAGCGUAGUGCUGACGGGGUGGACGGCGCUGCUGGCAGUGCUGGCGCUCUCCAUGCUGCUCAUUGGUGCCGGCAUCUAUGCCCACCACCGCGCCCCACACGUGACUUCUCUAGUUGUGCAGGGAGGUGUCAAGGAGGGGAGUGUGUGA